AUGCACACAAAGAGCGUCUCCUGGUGGUCGGAGGUGCUGGCCACGGCUAGGGAGACUGACCCCAUAGUCUACCGCAAGCUCUGCAAGGAGGUCAGGGUGAAUUUUUACAGGGAAAGGGUUGCCACAGCCUCGACCCCGGCGGAGUGGGGCAAGAUACUUAGAUGGCGCAGCGGCCAUUCGGACGACCAGCUUACCGUCAUGGUCGUGAACGGAAGAGUGAUCUCGGAUACGGAGCGGGUGGCGUCUUACCUCGCUACUCAAGCCUUCCGCCCUGCAGGAGCCCAAGAGGGUUCCCGCCCCGCUUGGCCCGGACCCCGUCUUCCCCCUGAGUGGGCAGCGAGGCUCGCUGACCGGCCCAGCGACGAUGAGCUCAAGGAUGCCUUCCUCGGAGCCAUCUCGAACACACCCGGCCCCGACUGGACCUUCAAACAAGCGACAGUAGUCACCCGCUCGAAGCCCGGGAGGGACCCGCGAUCAUACAAGGGCUGGCGGCCGAUCACUGCUGUCAACUUUCGGCAAACGUGUGGAGAGGCUUCUGGCCCGAAGGACGACAGCGGCGGCGCUAAACUUGGGGCUGCUCCCCAGACGUUGCAGGAGCCGUCCCAUAGAUCCGCGCUGGACCUCGUCCAGGCGCUCGUGCAUGACGCGGAGACCAUGUCGAGACAAGGCUACCAUGGGCUCCGGGUCACCCUGGAUGUGGACUCGGCCUACCCCUCGGUUCAACCGCCGAUACACCGCGAGGUUCUCACGGACCAAGGCUGGCCAUACUGGCUCUGCAAGGCAACAGCCGACUUCUGCCAAAAUCACCGCUUCUCGUUCCGGUGGGCACAGUCGACUUUCCGCUCAGACACUGGUCUCCUACAAGGCUCUCCAUGGUCCCCAAUCCUCUUCGUCCUGUACUCCCUACUAAUUAUCACCCCCUCGCAACAGGAAUCUUCGUUUAUGUGGCUGGGCGUCUCGCUGGACCCCAAGCUCAGCCCUGCGAAGCAGGCGGCCGCGAGGGCGUCAGCGACGACUGCGGUGGUAGGGUUGAUCAAGCGCCUAUUUAACACGAGGGUCCGGGGGUUCCCCCCCGCGGCUGGCCCCAACAUCUUCAAUGUAGUCGUCACCCCCUCUCUUCUGCUCUUCCGAACCCCCUACCGCUGCUGGUCCCGCUUGCACCAAGCGGCCUUUGGUCUAAGGGCUAGGAUCCAGUGGGAGCCCAAACGCGCUGGCAUCAGAGCAUGGCUUGGUCUCCCUUACUCUCCUCCCAAGAAACGUCGCGUCCCUCCCCCGGACAUGCACAGAUGGUGGCAGGCCAACAGACACCCCUCGGCUCGAUGGAGCGGGCACUCGGCCAAACCCUUCCUCGAGGAGUUUUACCGGCAGUGCCCCUCUCGGUGGCUGGCAGAGGCCUCGGGUCACGGCGACUUUCUGGAGUACCACACGCGAUUCAACCACUCCCAAGAGGCUAUCAGAGAGUGCCCUCGCGGCGGUGUGGUGUCCAGAAGCCACUUCUUUUCCUGCCCUCUCACCUCUUUUAACAACCCACUUGCCGGCAGGCUAGACCCAAGAGCUUUUUGGUCUUCCUUCCAGCCGUUCAAGUCCAGGGCCUCCCAGGUCAAGCUCCAGGGGCAAGCCCAGGACGCUCCCACAGGGCACCCUAUCUGUAACGAUCCAGACAGACCUCCUGAGAUGGGUUCGAUGGUUGCCAGGCUGCUGGAUUGA